AAAUAUUUUUUCACGUGACAACUUUUCUAUCCAUGUCAUUUAAAUCAUAUAAAUUCAAGUUUAGUUGGCAAUACCAUAGUGUGUAGUGAAAAAUGGCGAAUUUACUACCUCGUUCCUUUGGUCUUGCCGAAACAAUUUUUGUUAAAAAUGGGACGAAGUUGUUGGCAGCGACAACAUCCCACAAUCUACCAAAUAAUCAACAAGUUAGGCAUUUGAAUGUCCAUGAAUAUGUGAGCUACACACUUCUUAGGGACAAUGGCAUUCCCGUGCCUAAAUUUAACAUUGCCAAGACCCAGGAAGAGGCAGUCAAGUAUGCACAAGAACUGAACACCAAAGAUAUUGUACUAAAGGCUCAGGUUCUGGCUGGAGGUAGAGGAAAAGGUUCAUUCAAAAAUGGGCUGAAAGGUGGUGUUAGAAUGGUUGACAAACCUGAGGUGGCUGGAGAUAUUGUCGGCAAGAUGCUCAAGCAGUACUUGGUGACGAAGCAGACGGGUGCAGCAGGUCGCAUUUGUAACAUGGUCAUGGUUACCGAGAGGAAGUUCCCACGCAGAGAGUUCUAUGUAGCCAUCAUGAUGGAAAGGAGUUUUAACGGUCCGGUAAUCAUUGCAUCAUCUCAAGGAGGUGUCAACAUUGAGGAUGUGGCUGCCGAGAAUCCCGAUGCCAUCACAUAUGAACCCAUAGAUAUUGUCACCGGCAUCACUGAUGAACAAAUAUCCCGUGUUAUUAACAAGAUAGGACUUCAAGAACAUGCCCCAGCGGCUAGUGAUAUGAUGAAGAAAAUGUAUGACUUGUUCUGUAAGAAAGAUGCUUUACUGAUUGAAGUCAACCCUUAUGCCGAGGACGCUCUAACAGGACAAUUCUUCUGCCUGGAUGCUAAGUUUAGAUUUGACGACAACGCUCAGUUUAGACAGAAGGAACUCUUCAAGCUUAGAGAUAUUUCCCAAGAAGACCCCAAAGAGAUUGAGGCAGCCAAGUUUGACUUGAACUACAUCGCUCUUGACGGUAGUAUUGGUUGUAUGGUGAAUGGAGCUGGUCUUGCUAUGGCCACUAUGGAUAUCAUCAAACUAUACGGAGGGGACCCAGCCAACUUCCUCGACGUUGGAGGAGGCGCCACCGCUCAGGCCGUCUCGGAGGCAUUCAAGAUUAUCUUAUCAGACCCAAAGGUGUCUGCUAUCUUAGUGAACAUCUUCGGAGGAAUUAUGCGCUGUGACGUCAUCGCCGAGGGUAUCAUCAACGCUGCGAAGAACCUCAACAUCCAAAUACCAGUGAUUGUACGACUUCAGGGUACCAAAGUCAAUGAGGCUCGCAAGUUGAUCGCGGAUUCGGGUCUGCGCAUUGUACCCAGAGACGACCUGGACGAGGCGGCCCAGCUCGCCGUGCAACUCUCCGAGAUCGUGUCCCUCGCCAAGAAAGCCGGAGUCGAGGUCAAAUUCGAUAUCCCUAAAUACAUGUUAGAAAAGUAAAGCCAUAAAGUAUUACCAUAAUCAAAAAUGAAUAUUAAAAAAAAAAACUGUUAAUCUCAUUCACCUCUUUCGAAUAUGGAACACCACGCUUGUUGUUGAUAUAGUUAAUCAUAUGUAAGAAUCAUGCGCUGUGUUAUUUAUUGUAGAUGACAUUUAGUUUGUAGGUACAAAAUGUUUCAUUUAUAUUUUUGAUCGUUUUAUUUGUAAUUGUUGUAUUUUAUUAAAUAAGUAACAGUUCUUGUUUACAUGUUUAUUAUAACCUUUAGUGUAUUAAGCACUGUUCUAUGAUAAUUGUAGUAAAAUUUUGAAGCCAAACAUUUACUGUCCACUUUGGUGUUCCUUGUACUCGCCUUUUUUUUAAAUAACAUCUUAUUUAUUGUACUUUAAGAGUAAGUAAAUAAAUAUUGGUUGCAUAUAAUGUUUAAUUACACCGAAGACUUUCUUUCGCUCAUUAAUGGAGUCCGACUUGUUAUAUUGAUGUUUCUAUGUAGUAUUUAACCACAUUAUUAUAAAUGACAUUGUUUACUUGUAUAGUAAUUUGCCAAUUUGUAUAGGGACAGCGUUGCCCUCGAACGUGUAUCUUCGCAAUAAUUAUGUAUUUCGUACUUUGCGUACUUUGUAUGUAUGUUUCUUUGUAAAUAGUGAACCGUUUCAUCUUAGUCCAAACAUUUUAUCAAUGGGUAUUCUUAAUAUAACAGUACAAUAAGUUAUGUAUUUAUUCGAUUUAUCCAAGUGAUAUUUAUUGUGUUGCUGUAAACAGUAAUAAACUAUUAUAUUAA